CCUCUCCUCUCUCACAGGUGUCAGCUCUGUCACCCGAUGAGGUGACAGCCAACCCACCAGCAUGCUCUGGGCAUUGCCACUGCGACGGUCACCAUGGGGACGGCCUGGUGUGAAAGCUUUGGUCACUGCUGGGGUGUUUGUAACCACCCUCUGGAACCUGAGGUUAUUCCUCAACCCCUCCAAGGGCCCUGGAGAGGACUCUAAACACAGGGAGCCAUUAGUGAUCCUGGUGUGGGAAUGGCCCUCCAAGCAGGUCCCCAAUGUCAGCAGAGAUGUGUGCCAUGAGCUGUACAGCAUCACAGGCUGCCAGCUCACCACAGAGCGGCAGCUCCUGCACCAGGCCGAUGUGGUGGUGUUCCCCCAUUCCAGCCUCCAGCCUGGCCGGGACAAACUACCCAAGGAGAGGCUGCCAGGGCAGAACUGGGUGUGGGUCUCCCUGGAGUCCCCCUCCAACACUAGAGCUCUAGCGGCAUGGAACAAGACCUUCAACUGGGUGAUGACCUACAGACAGGAUUCGGACAUCUUCAUGCCCUAUGGCAAGCUUGUGCCCAACCAGUCAGCCACUGUGAACAUCCCUGCAAAGACCAACUUGGUGUCCUGGGUUAUCAGCAACUACCACAGGACUCAGAAAAGAGCUGAAGUCUACAAAAACCUCUCCAGGUACCUCCAUGUGAAUAUAUACGGGAAGGCAAACAACAAGCCCCUCUGCAAGGACUGCCUCUUGUCAACAAUAUCAAAGUCCAAGUUCUACCUGGCUUUUGAGAACUCCAUCCACCGGGACUACAUCACAGAGAAACUCUGGAGGAACUCACUGCUGGCUGGCAGCGUGCCUGUGGUGCUGGGGCCACCCAGGGCCAACUAUGAGCAGUUUGUUCCUGCAGAUUCCUUCAUCCAUGUCAACGACUUUGGCUCCCUGGAGGAGCUGGCCACCUUCCUGAAGACCAUGAACUCCAGCCGCUACCAGCAGUUCUUUGCCUGGCAGAGGAAGUUUAGUGUGAAACUCUACACGGACUGGAGGGAGCGGAUCUGUGCCAUCUGCACAGCCUACCCCCGCCUGCCCCAUGGCCGCCUCUAUCCUGACCUGCAGAGCUGGUUCAACUCCUAGUGUGUGCUGGGACCUUUGGGAUGAAUGCAGGCAGUGUGGGAGGUGCAUGAGGCACCCAGCUGCACACAGGAUGUGAAGCAAGGACAGGAGUCCCCACUCUUCUCCUAACCCAGCUGUUGUCACACUGAAACUUCAAGCAACACCCCAUAACUUCAUUUUUUGUGAAACAGGACUUGUCACCCCAACCUAACACUGAACACAUUGCCAGGGUGCUGGCAGGACCAGGUGGUGCUUUGGAAAUAAAUGUCAGUGUAUCUGAGGCUGUGCAUCUGUAGUGUGGGCAGGGCAGGGGGGUGGUGGGUGGCUCAGAGCUCCCCAACCUUCCCCUGUGAUCCUCAAUU